CCAGGCGCGGUGCGCGGGGUGGCCGCGCUGCCGUUGGCGCAAACGCUGCACGCGAUGGGAGCCGGACGGACGCGAGCCGGGGAAAAAAUCGACCCGAGUGUUGGAGCCGAGCUGCUGGUGGAGGCGGGGCAGCGGCUGCGGGAAGGUGAGGGGGGGGGGGGGGGCACAAAGCGGUGCCGGUCCCGCUGUCGGUCCCGGUGCCGCAUCCUGGUGCCGGUCCCGGUGCCGUUUCCCGGUGCCGUAUCAAGGUGUCAGUCCCGGUGCCGCAUCCCAGUGCCAUAUCCUGUCCUGGUUCCACAUCCCAGUGCCGGUCCCGGUGCCGCAUCGCAGUGCUGGUCCCGGUGCCGCAUUCCGGUGCCGUUUCCCGGUGCUGUAUCAAGGUGUCAGUCCCGGUUCCACAUCCCGGUGCCAUAUCCUGGUGCCGGUCCCGGUGCCACAAACCAGUUCCGCAUCCCAGUGCCAGUCCCGGUGCUGCAUCCCGGUGCCGCAUCCCAGUGCCGCAUCCCAGUGCCGGUUCCGGUACCAUAUCCCAGUGCUGCACCCUGUACCAAGGUGCCAGUCCUGGUGCCGUAUCGCAGUGCCGUUUCCCGGUUCCUCAUCCCGGUUCCACAUCCCGGUUCCACAUCCCGGUGCCGCAUCCCGGUGCCGUAG